AUGGGCUUGUCCUACAACGUCUAUCUGAACUCAAACCGGAUUUACGGCUGUCGGACCUGCAAGACACAUUUAUCCAACCACGAUGAUAUAAUCAGCCGGAACUUUCGUGGCCAGCAUGGCAAAGCGUACCUCUUCGACUCUGUCGUGAACAUCGUGGAAGGUGAUCCUACGGAACGAACAAUGACCACAGGACGCCACAUCGUUCGUGACAUACGCUGCAAGCAAUGCAAAGAUACGGUGGGUUGGAAAUACGACAAAGCUUACGAGGCUUCGGAGAAAUAUAAAGAAAGCAAAUUCAUCCUCGAAGCGGAACUACUGUGCCAAGUCACAUGA